CUGCUGCUGUCAUAACAAACCCGCAAACAAAAAGAAAGUGCAUGCGAUUCCACGGCUUUCGGGGAGAAGGGAUAACAACGACGAGCGCAUCCCACCCAUAAGCUACUGCGUAAAUUGUGGGCACCGUACGCUAGCAAAGUAUGGUCAAGCAUCAUCCCGACCAAUUCUGAAACGUGACCGUGCUUUUCCCGACUGAAUCGCCUCAGACCAACGAAAAAGAAAGCAGUGCAAAUACGUCCACCAUGGCCGCGAUAGCACUACGUAUGGCCCGCUGGUCGUCGCUAGGUGCGCUAAAGGUACCGAAAUCCACUUCCGUGAAGCUGUUCAACAUAGCACCACGGUACCUGUCGUCGUCGUAUGGUGCAUUGGGCAGAUACGCAGCCUCUGGUGCAUUGUAUCACAACAACGAUCGAUAUCGAACGAAACAGCAGCAACCGUGUCACAUAUGGAGUACAUGUGUCCCCCCAAACGGGUUGCUGGUACGCUCCUUCACCAAUGGCGACUCACUGCGGCGGCAGAAAGAUCCGAAGAACGACCAGCAGCAGGAAAGCGUCGACCCACUGGCCGACCCAGCCACGCCGGAGAAGCUUGGUCUUUUUGCGCGGUUCAAGAAGAUGUACAAGGAGUACUGGUACGUGCUCGUACCGGUGCACUGUCUCACGUCGGUAAUGUGGUUCGGUGGUUUCUAUUACGCCUCGACCAGUGGCGUCGACGUGAUCGCAAUCCUGGAAUCGCUCGGCGUGUCCGAGAAGCUGAUCAACCCGGUGCGCGACUCCAGCCUGGGGCACAUUGCCAUCGCCUACCUGCUGUACAAAAUAGCUACCCCGGCGCGGUACACCGUUACGCUGGGCGGCACAACCAUUUCGAUCAAAUACCUCGAACAGUGGGGCUACAUCAAGCCGAUACCCUCAAAGGCACGGCUGGUGCAGAUGUACAAAGACAAGAAGGAAAACAUCCAGGAGAAGAUAGCGGAAAAGAAGCAAGACUUUCAGGACCGCAAACAGCAGCUGACCGAGAAGAAAAACAAUCUGAUGAGCGAUUUAAAGAUGAAGGACAAGGACGGCAAAUCCUCCUCGACAACGACCGCGGCCAGCAGCGUGACGCAUGACAAAUAGCGUAUAGCAAUAGCGGAGAGCCGAUGAGGUUCAUGCGGGUGUGGGGCUAUCCCUGUUUCGGGCCGUUUUACCAACACUGCUGCUUCUAAAGCGUGGGUUGUUGCUGGAAGAUCGCUUAUCGCUUGGGUAGCGCUUAGCGGCGGAACGGUCUUUAGGCUUUAGGGUGAUUGAAAAAAAACGAGUGCUAAUAUAAUGUUGUUAAAGUUA